AUGAGUGGCAGUCUUCCGGAAAAUAUGUGUGAGCAUCUCUCGAGUAUUCGAGUAAUUAAUUUCGGUCAAAACCAGCUUCACGGGCCUAUACCCAAAUGUCUUGGCAAUUUGACCUACUUAACCGAGAUUCGUCUUGGUGAUAAUAAUUUAACAGGUACAAUACCAGAUGACAUUGGCGAUCUUCCACAUUUAGAGAUAUUGACACUGCAUACUAAUAGUCUCAGUGGCGUCAUCCCAUCCAAACUCUUCAACAACUCCAUGAUAAAAGUAAUAGAGGUUUCUAUUAAUCAGCUCUCAGGUAGCCUCCCAGCAAACAUAGGUCUUCACGUCCCAAACCUAGAAUUCCUUUUUGUAGCCCAAAAUAACCUUAUGGCUGGACCACUCCCUAACCUCUCCAAUGCUUCCAAGCUCAGGGAGCUAGACAUGGGUUUAAACACAUUUACCGGGUUUCUUCCUAUCACACUCUGUUCGUUGAAAAACCUCGAGUAUCUUUCCUUUUACUCGAAUCAUUUGACGAUUGAUGCUUCUACUCCACAAGCAGCAAGCACUUUCUCUUGCUUGUUUAACCAUAGAAAUUUGACAGGAUUAUACUUGGGAGAUAAUCCUCUAAACACCACGAUUCCAGCUUCUCGUGGCAAUCUCUCUACGUCACUCCUGUAUGUUGAUUUAAGCAUUUCCAACAUCAGGGGUAACAUUCCAGUUGACAUUGGCAACUUGAGCAGCUUGAUAGCAUUAGACCUGGGAAACAAUCAGUUGAGUGGAGCAAUUCCAACUUCAAUACAAAGGCUACAAAAUCUCCAAGCUUUGUAUUUGAAUGAUAACGUACUGCAAGGACAUAUCCCGUAUGAACUCUGUCAACUAAACAACCUAGCCGAUUUACGUUUGGGUGGUAAUCGGCUCACUGGUUCUAUUCCUUCCUGUUUGGGUACUUUGUCAGUAGCUCUAAGAAGUCUAUCAUUAGGGUCCAAUUUGUUAACUUCUACAAUACCAUCUUCCUUGUGGGAACUUAAGUAUAUAUUGCACCUAAACUUGUCAUCCAAUUCUCUAGUUGGACCACUCUCAGAAGACAUAGGAAAGUUGAAAGAUGUGGUGGAUAUGGAUUUAUCAAAUAACCACUUCUCCAGAAACAUUCCCGGUAGCAUUGGUGGUCUUCAAAAUAUGAUUAAUUUGUCCUUGGCAAACAAUUAUUUAGAAGGCCCUAUUCCCAAUUCAUUUAAAACCUUGCUAAGCCUAGAAUUCUUGGACUUGUCCAAAAACAAUCUAUCUGGAGUGAUCCCAAAGUCAUUGGAAGCACUCUUGUAUCUGAAGUAUCUGAAUUUGUCUUUCAACAAACUCCAAGGAGAAAUUCCAACCGGCGGGCCUUUCAGAAACUUCUCUGCUGAUUCAUUUGUACCAAACGGUGCACUCUGCAGUGCUUCCCGACUCCAUGUUCCACUAUGCAAAAAUAGAACAAAAGUUAAGCCAAAUUGGAGAAAAGCUAAAUAUAUCAUCUCAGGGGUCAUAUCAGUAAUACUGCUAGCAGCCGCUGCAUUGAUUCUGAUACUAUGCAAGAAAAGGAAUGUCGAAGUUGUUAGAGAAACUGCCUCGCUACAUCAAGUUCUUUGGAGAAGAGUUUCGCGCCUAGAACUUGUAAGGGCAACAAAUGGAUUUCAUGAGAGUAACUUACUAGGCACGGGGGGUUUUGGCUCAGUAUACAGAGGAACACUUUUAGACGGGAUAGAUAUUGCCGUCAAGGUAUUUAAUUUACAGCUAGAAGGGGCAUUCAAGAGUUUUGAUAAGGAAUGUGAAAUGCUAAGCAAUCUCCGUCACCGGAAUCUUAUUAAAAUCAUAAGUUGUUGUGAUGAACUUGAUUUCAAAGCCCUGAUACUUCAAUUGAUGCCUAAUGGAAGCCUCGAAAACUGGUUGUAUUCUCCAAACUGCUCCAUGACUAUCCUACAGAGGUUAGACAUAAUGAAAGAUGUUGCAUUGGCACUAGAAUAUCUUCAUCAUGGUUACUCGAUACCUAUCGUUCAUUGUGAUGUGAAACCAAGCAAUAUACUACUAGAUGAUGAUUUGGUUGCACAUGUUGCUGAUUUUGGCAUUGCAAGACUCAUCGGCAGUGCAGAUUCGAUGACAGAAACCAUGACCCUAGCCACAAUUGGAUAUAUGGCUCCAGAGUUUGGGAUGGAAGGAAGCGUUUCGACAAGAGGGGAUGUGUAUAGUUUUGGUAUUGUACUCAUGGAGACAUUCACAAAAAGGAAGCCAACAGAUGAGAUGUUUGUUGGGGAAAUGGAUUUAAAGCAAUGGAUUGCAGAUUCGUUAUUUCCAGAUGCUGCAAUAGGUGAAGUUGUGGAUGCCGAUAUACUUGGGGUGGAGGAAGAUAGUGAUUUUGUGAGCAGAAGGGAUUGCUUAUUAUCCGUUAUGAGAUUAGCUUUAGCUUGCUCUACAGCAUUGCCAGGAGAGAGGAUUAACAUGAAAGAUGCCGCAAUCACACUCACCAAAAUCAAGACGAAGUAUCUGAAGGACUGUGGAGGAGUGAACUCUUAGUUCUCUUUGUUCUCCAUAUUUUCGGAUCCAUUUUCUUAUUGUUGUUUUCAAUUUGCAAAGACUAUAUUAUUUUCUCAUAGUGACGGAUAUGAGAAGAUGACGAUAUUCCUAAAAUUGAAAUGUCGUACAUGGAUUUGUCAAUGCAAUGAGACCAGUAGUACCAAAAUUGCAAUUCCAAUUAUUUUUCCCAUA